AUGAGUGAAGCACCUGAACUUUAUGAUUCUGAUUCAUCACUCAAAAGCACAAAUAGCGCAUUUCCCAAGCUAACCAUUGUAUUUACUGGGAACUCGUCAGCUGUCCAGUUUGGAAAUGAAAACAUCCUAUUAGGGGAAAAACAACAAAAUAUUGAAAAUGCAGAAAUAUCCAAGAUUGUUCCUUUACAGAGAAAGAUAUCAGAACAUCAUGUCUCACUGAUUAACAUGAUGACCAGCUUACACGAGGCUGAUCACCUUUACUGUUUUAAUCAAAUUGAUCAACUAGUGAAUGAAAAUGAAAUCCACACCUUCAUCUUUGUUGUGCGACUGGGCCAGUUAACAGACGCUGAUAAGAUGGGUCUUGAAUGGCUUCAGAGAGUGUUUGGUGAUGGAGUUCUUCAGUUUGUGAUGAUUCUCUUCACCUAUGAGACAGAGGAAGAGUGUGACACUAUAAUAGAUGAUCUGAAGAAAAACCUAGCUCUGGAGCAGCUGCUGCAGAAAUGUGGAGGAAGAUAUCAGACCUGCAACAAGAUGAUGAACAACCAAUCAGAGAUGAGAGACCUGAUGAACAAGAUUGAGUGUCUGUGUAAUGAAAAUAAACAGCAGCUUUACACUGGAGAGAUGUACAACACAUCAUUACGACAGAGAGAAGAGCUGAAAAACAGUGAAAGUGACAGCAAGAGACUGGAUCAAUACGAAGGAAAAGAAAAUAGAGAAAAAGUAGAGUGUCUCUUUACCAGGCUUCAUCUUAAAGAGCAACAUGACGAACUGAGAGCCGCAGAUGUUCUUCAGAUAACUGAACAUUCAUUACAAUCACAUGAGUCUUGUGGUGAAGAAGAGCUGAUUCAGACUUUCAUACAAAAACUUCUGAUGAUGAAUUACAAAGCAAGAUACAUUACAACUAAAGAGACCACUAAGGAAGAUCACAAACAGCAUGGUAGCAAUAAUUCUUCUAAAAAUGAGGUUGAUUCUGAAGAUUUUUUUUCUAAAUCUAUGUCUCUGUCUAACAAAGGAACAAGAACAAGUCAGUCUGAGCAUAUCUACCCGAUGGAUGUUCAGAUGGCCGUGUUUCAUUGUGCUGAUGGUUUCCUGAAGCAGCUUAUGGUGACUAAACUGUCCCAGUGUCAGUACGCUCUGCCUCUGCUUGUUCCUGAUCCAUUCACACAACAGAUUGAGUUUCCUCUCUGGACAUUCAGACAAAUCAGCAAAAGCUGGAAGAUGAGAAACAUCAACAAUGAGAUCAUCAUUAAAACCCAGCCGAUAUAUAAGGCAGAAACUCCAAUUGUGUCUUUCUUCAGGUUUGGCUCUGUGUCUUCCUCCAAGUCUCAGCUGAUGAAUAGUCUGAUCAAUGAGAAACACAACACGUUCUUCCACAGGAACUGCCCAGGCAGCAGCAGAACCAGAGUCCUGAUGGAUGGAGUGGUGGAGAUCGCCUGGUUCUGCCCCUCUGGGAAAAACACAGAUAAAUUCACAGACUGUGUUGCAUUCUGUAAUCUACACGGUGAUGCAGGAGACCAUGAGAAACAGCUGCAGAUCCUCACUGAAAGGUCCUCUGUCAAUGUUGUUCUUCUUCCACAUUUUCAGAAGAAAGACAAAAGCAUUAUAAAAGUUGAAAAACUCUACAAGGACUCAAAGCCACUCAUUUGUCUUUUUGCUGAGGAUGAAUCUACUGUAAUUGAGAUGAAGAAAGGGAAAUUCAAAAUUGGUUUGAAAGACAGAAAUCAGUCAGAUGUAUCUGAAGAGCUAAGAAGAGUUAUAAAUGUUUGUAUCUCAGAAUCGUCUCACACUUUCAAACUUGAAGAUGUGUCUAAACACUCAGAUAUCAGAGUAGAUGAGGAUUAUAAUAAUGAAUGCAAAAGAGGAAGAGAAGCAGCAAAGCAGAUGGUGAGUUUACUGGAGAAGAAAGAUCUGACAGAAAUCAAAGAAUCAUUUCUGCCUCAUCAAGGGAAACUGUGGCAUCAGUGGAGUCAGAAAAACAAAGAACUACAUCGACCUCAAGGAAAUGAGUCAGAAAUGGAAAUAAGUAGAAAACAAACAGAGAUGAAAACAAUACGACAACAGCAGCAGCAGGAAUCUGUCAUCAGUGAGUUUAUAAAGCUCUUUAUUAAAGAAAUGAACUCACAUAAUGAACAUGAGAAGAUAUUUUUCCUUAAAUGGCUCAGAAUCCUCCUGGAUGAAUAUAUCUCAGCUGACAUUUCUGCUCUACAUCACAAGUAUAAUGAAAAGUGGUCAUCAGUCUUAAAAAUGAAAGACAACAAUGAAAAAUCUGAACACCUUAAAGAUGAACAAACUGAACUUGAGAGAAUAUCUGAGAAACUUCAAGCUGCAUCCUUUGGUUUGGAGCACAUCAUGAGGGAGAUUGGUCAGAUCUAUGAAUCGUGUUCAUCUGUGAAGAAGAACAAGAAAGACCUGCAGGUUCACUUCUCUUCUCUCCCGAGUCUCGCAGCAGAGAUGAUGAUCUCUGGAUUUCCACUGGAGCUGAUGGAUGGAGAUGCUGCUCAUGUUCCUGUGAUCUGGAUCUCUGCUGUUCUAGAUCAACUCGUCCAGAAACUGGGAGACCAGAGGGUCUUUGUGCUGUCAGUUUUAGGGAUUCAGAGCUCUGGGAAAUCCACCAUGCUGAAUGCCAUGUUUGGACUCCAGUUUGCCGUCAGUGCUGGCAGAUGCACCAGAGGAGCUUUCAUGCAACUGGUCCGAGUGCCAGAUAAGAAGAAUUUUGACUAUAUUCUGGUUGUUGAUACUGAGGGUCUUCGUACUCAAGAACUGGCAGAACGGUCAACUAGUAAUCAUGACAAUGAAUUGGCCACAUUUGUUGUUGGCAUUGGAAAUUUGACCUUGAUCAACAUCUUUGGAGAAAACCCGUCUGAGAUGCAGGACAUUCUUCAGAUUGUCGUUCAGGCCUUUCUAAGGAUGAAGAAGGUCAGACUGAAUCCCAGCUGUGUGUUUGUGCAUCAGAACGUUUCAGACAUUACAGCUGAAGAGAUAAACAUGAAGGGAAGGAGACGCCUGCAGGAGACACUGGAUGAGAUGACAAAACUCGCUGCUAAAGAGGAAGUCUAUGAUGCAGAACGUUUCAAUGAUGUCAUUGAAUUUGAUGUUCAGAAAGAUGUAAAGUAUUUUGCUCAGCUCUGGGAGGGGAGUCCACCCAUGGCACCACCAAACCCAAACUACUGUGAGAAUAUUCAAGAACUAAAGAAAACUGUUAUGUCUCAUGCCUCAAAAGCUCAUGGCAUGAAGCUGCUUGAUUUUAAAGACCGAAUUAAAGAUCUCUGGGAGGCUUUACUGAAUGAACGAUUCAUCUUCAGCUUUAAAAAUUCUCUAGAAAUUUCAGCCUACAGAAAACUGGAGACAAAAUACAGCAAGUGGUCCUGGAGUCUUCGCAGUGCCAUGAUGGAAAUUGAGAACAAACUACACAACAAAAUAGAAAAUGAAAGAGUUCAUGAGGUGGAGGAAGCUGAUCUUCAAAAAGAACUGAAUAAAACAAGUGAAGAAGUGGAAAAAUCAAUGUCAAACUUCUUUGACAAAGACAAAGAUAAAGAUAUACUGAUUCACUGGAAAGCAUCAUUUGAGAUCAAAAUCAAAGAUCUUCAGGAAAACAUUUUGAGAGAAACAAAGCGAAAAUUAAAUGAGAUUCUUCAUCAGCGAGACCUGAAGAAAAAGAUUGAUGCUCAGAGGACACAUCAUCAAAACACGCUCUUGGAAAAGAGCAAAGAACUUGCCUUAAAACUCAAAGACAAAACUAAUGAUGAAGAAACAUUGAAGAAAGAGUUUAAUUUGUUUUGGGAACAGUGUGUGAAGAAUAUCAUCAGAGACACUCCAGCAAUCAAAGACAUUGACAUAAUGAAAGAUGUGAAACUAGUCCUCAAUGACAUGUAUGAAAGCAUCCAUGUAAAUCCCUGGAAUUUAAGCAAUGAAAAUGACAAUAUUUUUUCUUUACAGACUUAUGCAAAAUACAUAAAGUUCAAGAAAUCCAAAAAAACUUCUAAAAUUGCAAACAGAACCAUCAAAGCAAUUAAAUCUUCAACAGGCCUUUCUCUACCUAGAGAGGAUGAGGAGAAAAUAACAUCUUUAGUUAAAGACAUUGCCCAGCAAACAGAAAAAAUGAUUAAGUCAUAUAACAUUGUAAAUAUGGGCUACAACAUUACUUACAUUCAAGAGCUCCUAGAUUACAUCAAAAGGAGUGUAAAAGAACAUGAGGCAGGACCAGUUGAUUAUGUGUUCAAGAAUGAAUUCAUCAUGAAUCUAACACUUUCCAUAUUUCAAAAAGCAAAUAAGAUGUUCACAGACCAGCACAGAAUUUUCAGGGAUGCCAAUGAUCCUUUAAUAUAUGUUGAGAAGAAGAGAGAAGAGUACUACAGUGUUUUCCAGAAAUACUUUCAUGGAGCAGCAUCAGCUGCUAUUUUUGGUAAGAUCAUCUGUCAGAAACUGAAAGAGCCCGUUGAGCAGAGUGUCUACAAGAAGACUGCCAGAUAUGUGACAGAUGAAAUGAUGAAAAACUGUGAAUCACUGAAUGGAAACAGAUCAAAAUUGGAGAAAUACAUUCUUACAUUUCUGGCUGAAGCUGACAGUUUCCUACUGUAUAGGUCCUACAUUCACCUUCCUAAAGAACUCUUCAAUAUAUUCAUCGAUCUUUUAGUCAGUCGGUACAUCACUGCUAAUUUCAGUGCCAGUGUAUUACCCAAGAUGAAGGACAACAUUAAACUCCUGCAGGAGAAGAUCAUGAAAGCAGCACAUGAAUCUACAGAACGUGUUCAAGUGAACAGAGGAGUUGUUGGUUUAUGGUUAAAAAGUUUCACACAGCAGCUAUCAGAUGAGCUGAUCUUCUCUGAAAAAGAUUUCAGUGGAGUGAAAUAUGAUGAUGUUGAUGAUUUCAAACUCCUAGAAGAUGUAAUAAGGAAUGAACUUACUGCCAUAACAUCUGACAUAAGCAAAGAAUUCAACACACAAACAUUUGAUGAAAAACUGGACCUCAAGUUCAGGCCAGAUGAGCUUCUGCGUGAUCAUUUCUCUCACUGCUGUUGGGUUCAGUGUCCAUUCUGUAAAGCCCUCUGCACCAAUACCAUAGAAAAUCAUGAUGGAGAUCACAGUGCUCCUUUCCAUAGAGUGGAUGGAAUCAAUGGGUGGUCUUACAGAAAAACAAAAAAUCUCAGUGCAGAUUUUUGUACAACUUUAGUGACAAGUGAAAAAUAUUUUAGGACCUCAGAUAAACCUUUUCCAUAUAGAGAAUACAGAAGAGCAGGAGGAGUUUUUGCAGACUGGAGCAUCACCCCUGAUCUCUCCGAUCUGCCCUACUGGAAGUGGUUUGUGUGCAGAUUCCAGAAAGAUCUAGAGGAGCACUAUGAGAACACAUUUGAGGGUAGUGGUAAGAUUCCAGAUGAAUGGAGAAAAUACUCAAAACAGGAUGCUAUUGAGAGUCUGGAUGAAUACAUUUAUUUGUAA